AUGGCCAACGCCAACGCCCUUCUGAGCUGGGCCCAGUCUUUCACCCCAGCACCUGAGAAGGGCAAAGACGUCUACCGUGCCACAGAAACUCCAUGGCAUCCGAUAUGGGGCCGUGGUGUCUUUGGCGGAGUUCUUCUUGGGCAGUCCCUUGCCGUCGCCCAGGAUACAGUCCCAUCCAACUUCGUGGCGCACAGUCUGCACGGAAGCUUCAUCCUGUCGGCCAAAACCACAGUGCCCACCUUCUAUCAUGUCGAGCGCCUGCGCGACGGGAAAAGCGUGGCUUCUCGAGUGGUCAAGGCAUUUCAAUCGGGGGAGUGCGUCUUCACCGCGACCAUCAGUUUCUUCGUUGAAUCGCCGAGUACCAAGCGAGGGAUGAAUCACCAAGUGUCCAUGCCAACUGAAAUACUUAAGCAAGGUCCCCCCUCGGGGCCCGAUCAGGAUGUGGAUCCGGCUCUCUUGGCUGAAGCCGGCCAGACGCGGAACGGAAGCAUGUAUGAGUGUGUUCGAAUUCCCCCAGUUCGUUCUGAAGGUCAACCAGAGCGACAAUUAUUACGGCAGUGGAUCAGAGCACGAGGGCCAGCGGCAGACGGACAAAAUUCUUCGAAGAGUCUCGAUACUCCUACUUUCAAUCAAAGAGCACACCUUGCUGCACUCGCGUAUAUGACUGACAAUUAUUUCAUCGGUACGGUUGCGCGUGCCCAUGGAGGCAAGCGAUUUAACAACCAUCAGUCCAUUCAGCCUAUCGUAUCGUCGUUGUUGGAUGUAAAGUCGGAAACCAGGGAUGUUGUUGGGAGUUUCGAUGAGUUGGCCCGGGAAGAAGCGGAGGAGUACACAAGAGAUUCCACGAAGACAGACGCAGACCGUGCAAACAUCCAGCUGAUGCUAACUCUGGAUCACUCGAUAUAUUUCCAUAACCAGGCUUCUAUUAGGGCCGAUGACUGGAUGCUUGCGGAGAUGGAAACCCCAUGGGCCGGUGAUGAGAGGGGUCUUGUUGUACAGCGCGUCUGGAACAGAGAUGGGACACUAGUUGCAUCUUGCUUCCAAGAGGGGAUGAUCCGACUGUCAAGAGAGAAGCCACAGAACAAGUUAUAA